GACCAACCAAAGCCAAAGGGAUACCAGCUUUAAGUCUUCAAGUCGUUACAAACCUAAACACAAAUCUACAACCAUGCACAAGAACACCAUUUGGUACGGAGCUGUGCUCUUAGUCGUCUACUUUACCCUGGUAUUUUGCGAGGAGGCGAAGAACGAGGAACCUGCAGCAGAACUGGAUAACCAAGCCGGGGAUACCUGGGAGAAUCUCGGCCGGGAAUUGAUGGAGUUCGAGGGACGCACUCGCCGCCAUCGCCACCACAUGUUCUGGUAUCGUCACCUGUGGCCCUUGGCUAUUGCUUACUGGAUCAAGGUGAAAGUUGUUAUCGUUUCCUUCUUCGUGGGCAGCGCCAUUUAUUUGGGUCUGCGCUACUUCUGGCCCCAUGCCAGGUGCAACCAGGAGAUCAUCCUUGAUCAUCCACCAUCAUCCUUCUCCCAUCACGAUCACAUUCCUUACUCCCUGGACCACGAUCACUCGGAUCACUAUGAUGGCCCCACUUCCUUUGACUCCAGUGCCAGCUUUGAACCAUAUUCCGGAUAUAGCAGCUAUGCUGGUUCUGACAUUGUCUCUGAUGUGCACAGCGACUACCAUAGCGAAUCUCCCUCGGGUCCAACUGGCCCUGUAGAUACCCGUCGCCGCGGAAGGCGAAGCACUGAAGAUCAGGCCCAUUUGAUUCAGGAGGAGGAGCAGCAGGAGGAUGAGCAAGUGGAGAUUGUGGAUGAGGAGAUUUCAGAGAGUGUGGCUCGUCAAAUGCCAGCCGAAGAGCAGAUUGCCGACUUUAUGUUUGCCUUUUUGGGUCUGGACUCAAAGGCCUGCCGUCGCCGCUUUGUGUGUGAAAUGGAGUUCCGUUCCAAGUUGAAUCCCAUGACCAGCAUGGCCUUCCGCAUUGUGGGUCGUGGAUUCUUUGAAAAGUACACCAAUGCCAGGAACCCUAAUGCCAGAGCAACAAACUUUGGUGAAUGUGCUGCUGUCAAUCCAGAGUGCAUUUUCGUGGAAAACGAGAAUCCAGAGGCAGAGGCAAAUCAGGAAGAGCAACAACCAGAAGAAGAGGAGCAGCAGCAGGAAGAUCACCAGCAAGAAGAGCAGGCAGCCACCGAGGAAACAGCAGUCGAGGAUUCCCAGAACGAAAUCAACCUUAAAGCUGAGAGGCGACAUGCCAGACACAAGAAUCGCAAACUCAGCACCAUUGCAGAGCACAUCCUGAUGCAGUAGAACAGUCGUGU